UUAGAAAACGUAAUCGUAUCUAAGGUUUACGAUCGACUGAAAUAUAAGUUAACUUAUAAUCUAAUUAUUAUGACUUGUUGAUAAUACAUUACAGCUCUGUUAAAUAAUAGGAUGGCAUUUGUUUAACACAAAUUGAAAAAAUCAAACGAAAUGACAGUGAACAUUUGUUGUUUUCUUUCUUCACUCUAGGAAUUAUUAUAAACGUUCGACCGUAUGACCGACCAAUUCAAUGAUAACGUGAAGUUGAUAAGCUGGUGUCUUCUUCAGAGAAAAACGUAGUGGGAUGUAAGUAUAAUGGAACUGUAAUCAACCGUGGUGUUUUGGCUCAAGUCUCACAGAGAUAUAUAGGCUUACAGCCCACCCGAACACGAGGAAUACGCGCAUCUAAGGAAUUGUGUAUAUAUUCGUGGCGAUUUCUUGGAAACGUCUAUUCAUGUAUUGGGGAUAAAACAUCUACGUGGAUAAGUUGAAUUCGUGUGAUUUUGGGUGUUCUUCUAUGGGGAAAUAAAUAUCAGUGAUAAAACGAACGUUUACAGAUCAUGGGGAAUUACGUCCAGUACCAUCUUUCCCUGCUUGUGAUAUUUUUAACCGGAGUUUUUGGUUUGGAGCCGAGUUUUGACGUGCCCGUGAUUAACGUGACGGUACAGGAGAGUGACGUCGCCAUACUGCCGUGCUCCGUCGACUACCUGGGUGACCACAAGGUGGUGUGGACUGAUCAGUGGUCCACGUUGUUGACCCUGGACGACCGGCGGAUCAUCGAUGAUCCGCGCAUCAGCAUAGAGCGACCGUAUACGCGCGACUGGAACUUGCACAUCCGGAAGGUGACAUACAAUGACCGGGGCCAGUACACCUGCCAGAUCAACACCAACCCCGUCAAGACAAAGACUGUCAUGCUUAAUGUCCUUGUACCAUCAAAGAUAGUGGACAGCUUGUCGAGCCGGGACCAGACGGUACGGGAAGGGGACACAGUCACCCUCGUGUGUAACGUCACCGGGGUCCCCACUCCAGAGGUCACCUGGUACAAACUGCCGAAUGAGGGGCUCCAUAGCUCCAAAGAAAGGUUAGAUUUGGAACCUGGUCUCUUUACGAACAUCGAUUCCUGUGCUUACACCCUUCAGCAAACAGAUUAUAUAUUACCGGAUAGCAGUGACGCUCGAAAUAUAAUUGGUUACGGUUUCUUAGAAUUGGAUGGAAUCGGGACUGCUGGGGAGGUGCUCAUUAUACACAACGUGUCGCGCUACUGUGACGGAACCUACGAAUGCGUCGCCUAUAACAACGUGGAUCCGGCAGUCACCCGCAAGAUCAAGGUCUUCGUCGAAUUCCCCCCGGAGGUGAACCUACCGACCAAGCGUAUCGGGCAGUACGCGGGGCGGGAGACGAUACUAGACUGCGAGAUCACGGCCUACCCACACGGCGUCAUGAACUGGAUCAAAGAUGGACAAGAUAUUGACUUGAUGAACAAGGACAAGUACACGGUGGAGCUUUACAGCGGUAACGAAGAAAGUACGAAGAAAACGCUGAGUCUGCGGAUACGUAAUAUCCAGCCAGACGACUUCGGAGAAUACAUUUGCUUUGCACUGAACACAAUUGGUCAAGACAGAGAAACUAUGCUUUUGUAUGAUUACUCAAUACAUGAUACAAAGAAGACUACCACGCCUCAAACAAGGCUUAUAGAACAAAUUCCUAAAAAGACUUCAAAAACUCCCGACGAUACUGAAAUACGCAGACAAGGAAACGAUGAUUGGACUGACGGGAAUGGAUUCCUUACCUCGGUGACACGAGGCCCUAACAUACCGGGUGGCGGGUCGCGGCAUCCAAAUAGGCCGUACCAGCCGGGUGAGGAAACGUUGCCCCUCGGAUCAAGAGUGAAAGGAGGUUGUGGUCGGUGUUUCGCUAGUGCUACGUCAGUAUUAUACGCCAUCAGCCUUAUCACCUCGUUGUUAUUUUCAUACUCUCGAUAGUUUCCAUGAAGUUCCGUAGUAACGUCAUCAAAAUGACUUGUGUAAAAUUACAUGGUGCAAAAACGUUGGUGUCAUGAGUGCGAGGUAGUGCGUCCAUCGCUCAAUAAAAUGGACCAUCAGUGUGACGUCACAUGCACGGGAUCAGACGCGCAUAAAAUAAUAAAAUCAAAAUGUUGAAUCUUCAUAAAAAGUGACUCGUUUUUAUAAUAAAAAAUGAAAAUGACGUGUUAACUGAUGACAAAACUACUAUGAAAAUGCCAUUGUGUACAACAAGUGUGGUCCAAAAAUGACUUCAAGAUUGAUGUUAACUUGAGCAUUAGUCUCUUUGAAGUGUUGGGUGAAUUACAUGCCGAAAAGGACGGUUUAAAACAUCCAUCAUGAGCUUUAACACAGUGAACGUGUAACAUUGGUUAUCUUCCAGUUUACCAAAGAUUGUGUACUGUUAUAAUUAUAUUUUGCUGUUAUAUGCUUUCAUUACGGGCGUUCUAAUGUAUGUGAAGUAUGGGGAUCGAAAUACUUGAGGAACAUAGAAAAAAUGCACAGUGUUUGUUUGCAUUAUAUAUGUGUGUUAUGUCCAUAAAAAAUGGGCAAGUUAAUGAAUGGUUUUUAAUUUUCAUUGUUUUAAAUUGACAUGUAUACUUUUAUGCCAUUGAACUGUGAAAGGUAUCACUUUCUUUUAACAUUAAUGAAUCAUACGGAGUAAACAAAGGCGUCGAACUAAAACAUUAGGUGUCAUGUUUAAUUUGAAUAGUACAAUACCAUGCGUUAUAUUGCCAAAUGACGUCUCCACAGUUUACUGUGGAACUGGUACUAUUUUUGCUUAAAUGUUUCAAGUGAAAUAUUUAAAUGUUUAAAUCUUUCUUGUGUUUCUAUCGUUCUAUUGAUUAUUCCAUGUCCAGAAGUUAUUGCCAUUUGUUUAUUUUGAAUUUUUAUCCCCAUUAAUAUGUGUACAGAUUGUUUUAUGUCUUUUGCCUAAAGAUACAUUUUGUUCGGGUUACCCAACCUUAACUACGAAAUAAGCGCCGACCCUACCGUUUUUAUGAACAGUUUGUAAAAACAAAAAUACGUAGUUUAAAAUCUUGAACGCUUUAUAAAGAAUAUUACUUUAACACCGUUCUCCAAUGAAAUCAAAUUAACAUUCUUAUAUAGAGCCUAAUAAAAAUAUAAAUAAAUAAAAAGCCUAACUACCCUACCUAUUUUUGGAAAAGGAUGCAACCCUAACCAAACCAUUGUAGGCCUUAAUAUGAACAAAAAGGGACUUUCACAGAGUUCAUGUUGGCCACAAUUCAUUUUCAGAAAGAUUUAUUUAUUUAUCAUAAAGAACAUUCACUAAACAGUAACGGACAUACACUUUUUGAACAUAAAUUGUUAUUUACUCUUUUCGGCAACAAUGAAGUAUUUUUUUCAAAUACUUACGAACAAAAUAUCCCGUUUUGAACUUCUACUGACGUCAUACUGGUGUUUAAAACAGUUUGUUACCAUUACACACACAAUUUAAAUGUUCUAUGUCGGAUCGUAUAAAACUUUAAGAAUCAAACAUGGAUAAGUUUGUUUUUUGUUAUUUUUUCUUACUGCCUCAUUAUUUCUAGAUAGAUAGAGGUAGGAUAGAAACAAAAUUUCUCUACUAUUCCAAUAAAUUUGAUCAUAUGUAUAAAUGAUUUAAUAAGAUCGCAUCGUUUAGCUUUAAAUAUACGUGAACCAUUCGCUAAUCCUGUGUAUAUAUGUAUGUGUGAAGUUAUUGAUUCAUAUUUCUGUAUGUUGUAAAUAUAUUAUUUUACAUAAUUGCGACUGCAAUUUGUGACAAAUCAUAACUAUUUUACACCACCAUUAAAGCGUGCUAAUAACUUC